ACGUGUCCGCCCCGGGUCACAUGACGCGCUGGGAGCGGUGGGGUGGCCCGCAGAGCGGGAUGGAGGCGCGGGUGUCGUACGAUGACUACCCCGUGGUGUUCCUGCCGCCCUACGAGAGCCCCCCAGCUUGGAUCCCACCCCACGAGAGAAUUUACCACCCUGAUUACAACAAUGAGCUGACCCAGUUCCUGCCCCGCACCAUUGUGCUGAAGAAGCCACCAGGAGCCCAGCUUGGCUUCAACAUCCGAGGAGGAAAGGCAUCUCAGCUGGGGAUCUUCAUUUCCAAGGUAAUCCCCGACUCGGAUGCACACAGAGCAGGGCUGCAGGAAGGAGACCAGGUCCUUUCAGUUAAUGAUGUGGAUUUCCAGGACAUUGAGCACAGCAAGGCUGUGGAGAUCCUGAAGACUGCCCGUGAAAUUACCAUGCGUGUCCGCUUCUUCCCCUACAAUUACCAGAGGCAGAAGGAGAGAACUGUUCACUAGGAGACCAUUUCCUGCUGGGGGUCCCUUGGCAGUGGUUGGCUUUGUCCUUUGGUUCUAAAACUCUCCACUAACUCUUUCCUCAGUAUCAGAGAUGACACUUAACUAGACUUCAUAAAAGUUUCAGCUUUGGUCAGAGGACUAACUGACUGGCCCCAUGGGCCUUGUCACACAGGAAUCUGCCGUGCUGCCAGAUUGGCACCAAUGACUCAACAGAGCAGCAGCAAAGAGACCUGGGCUUUAAUCUGUAUUUUCCAAAUCAGGCACUGAACUGAGUUGAAGGGAACUGAUGGGCAAGUGAGAGGUGCUAUAGCAUAAAGGGGCACUUCUGUAGUCAUUCCACAUCUAUAUUAGAACAGAAGCCAAGCCUGCAACAGUCUAGUAAUUCAGUCUUUAAAUCCAACUCAGAAUAGAUCUUCUUUCCUUUUUACAAUGCUAUAUCCAGCCUGCACUGCCCUAGCAUCAUGUCCCUCUAUAGUACAUGUUACAUGUUGUGUUGAAUGAAGUAGCUGGUGGGAUUGUCCCCUACUGCAGGUAUCACCACCAAGACUUCUGCCACUGGGCACAGUUGAUCCACCCAUGUUCUUUAACAACAUGCACUGUAUUAUGUAAAGCUGUGACAUCCCUUGUGCCCUGUCUGAGCCCUGGUGGCUGACUAGCUGCUACAAUAUCUUCCCUCUGAUAAAAUAUAGGGCAUUCUACUGCAGAGCAAGACCCUGCUUCGUUUUUCCAAGGAUUGUAUCCUCACCACCUGCCUAUUCAUCCUAUUUCUGCUCCUGGUGGAAAUUUCUAUAAACACCUCACUCCCUGCUCUACCUCUGCACUGACUGCUGCUUCCUUGAGCACUGAAUUUGCUUAGAAUGCAGGGAAAGUAGUAAAAUGCAGUUAAUCUUACUAUGCUUGUUUAGCUGUCCUCUGGCACUGCUUCAGUAGGACACGAAUCCACCUCCCACAGUUUAACUCAGGGCUAGUUUCUAAACCAUGCUGACAGGUCAUAUUCCACCUCCACUUCCCUCUUUCCUGCCCUGCCCCUUGACCUACACAGGUUCUCUACUCUGCUGCUUGUCUGGCUCAGUUGCUUUAACUCAGGGGGUGGGCAAAAUGUGGCCCAUGGGCUGGAUGUGGCCCACCAGGCCAUUCUGUCCAGCCCACAGGACCCCUAAAAGAUUUAGAAAAUAUUCAUCUGCCCCUGGCUGCUGGUCAUGCGGCCCUUGCUGGCUUACCAAAAUUCAGUAAGCAGCCCUCCACCCAAAAUAAUUGCCUGCCCCUGCUUUUAACUGAUCUUCAUUUUAGAUGCUGGAGGCACAGUCCUUAGGAUUCCCUGCUGGCCCUGGAGGCAAGGGGAUACCUACACCCAUACCUCAUCUAUCACAUUGCAUCCUGAAUGACACUGAAUGAAUUAGCUGUUCUACAGGAGAAAGCCCACUCUGCCCUCAGCAUAGCCCACUGAGCUGAGACAGCUUAAAUUCCUCUCCUCAGUAAUUUUCAUGCUAAAAAACAUGGUAAUAGGGUGUGGGUUGUAUUAUUCUCCCUUCUGAUCUUGCUAAGCCCAUCAUGGGGAUGGGCUAAUCCUCCUGUGCUGGGGUGUUAGAUCACUUAAUGGAAACUCAAAAGUCUUAAUAAAAAGUUACUACAUCAAGCA